AUGCUCUCUUUCUCUUGCAUCAUAACAUGGGGCACGCUCCUUGCAGCGGUUACCAACGCUCAUGAGACCGAAGCAUAUCCUCCAAAUGUCACCAUUUCCAACACGACCACGUCCAUGUUCCAGCUCAGCAACGACACCGAGUUCUCAUUCAUCCUCAGCGAAUAUCUUUCCUUAGCCAACGAAGGCGGUAGCGCUACAGGGGAAGUCCUCCGAGCAGCUGCUGUGAUCGAGCCAAACAAUCCCGAGAGUUGGUACCACGAAUUCAAGUUUCUUGCAGACAAGAUUCGUGAACAGGCUGUUGCUGCUGAGAAGAAGAAGGACUGGGUCUCUGCUCGCUCAGCCUACUUCCGGUCCUCAUCUUACUACAGGGGUGCCGACUUCUUCUUACACGGCAAUCAGUCUGAUCCUCGUAUUGACAUUCUCUGGCAGAAGCAAAACGCAAGCUUCACAAAGGCCGUCAAUCUUCUUCCCAAUCCUCCGACCUUCGUUGAGCUAAAGGCAACCAAGUUUACUGUUCCGGCCUACUUUUACCCAGGAGAUGCUCAACUCCCCGCUGGGAAACACCUUAGCUAUGGCAAGAAGAUUCCUACAGUCAUAGUUGGAACUGGAUACGAUGGGUCUCAAGAGGCUCUCUACCAUAGUAACUGUCGUGAGAUCAUACAGCGUGGCUGGAACUGCAUUACAUAUGAAGGACCAGGACAAGCGACAGUGCGCCGAAAGCAAAAUCUUGGCUUCAUGCCCGAGUGGUGGGAGGCCGUCACCCCCGUUGUCGACUAUGCUCGCAAUCGUCACGAUGUUGACCCUGAUAGAGUCGCUCUCAUUGGCAUGUCUUUUGGUGGGCUUCUUGCACCAUUGGCAGCGACACAUGAGCACAGAUUGGCAGCUGUUCUUGCUAUUGACGGCAUGCUCAACCUUCAGCGCUCUAUCCUUGAGCAGUUCCCUCCAGCUUUGACCAAGCUCUUCCUUUCAGGUAACAGCACUGCUUUUGAUGGUGAGAUCUACAGUCUUCUCAAGAACCCCAAACUCCCAACUGCCCUGAGCUGGCCGAUCAACCAAGGAAUGUGGGCGUGGAAUACCAAGAGUCCUUUCAAGUGGUUGACCAUGGUGGGAGAGUUCAACCUUGACAAGCAAAGCCUGGCCAAAAUCAGGUGUCCCGUGUUUGUCGCCUCGGGCCAGGAUGACAUGACUGCUCCGGAACAGCCAGAGGAGAUGGCGAGGGCUUUUGGAAAACAGGCGCACUACUUUUUGUUCAAAACGAAGCUGGGAUCUGGGGUUCAUUGUGCAAUUGGAGCGGAGAAUCAACUUGCUCAGGAGACAUUGGGCUGGCUUGAGGGUGUCUUCGACAAAGCCUCCAAGUGA